AUGCAAUCUGCCCGAGAGCCAGCAUCUCCAUGCGAGAGGCCCGGCGUGCAGUCCCGCCGCCACGUGGAGCAGCCGGUCUCCGACCUGGCCGCAGCCAACAACGCAGAAGGGGCAGCGGGCCUGGGACACCUCGGGUUUGCCGUCCGCUCCGCUCCAGCUCCGGCGGUCAGCACCACCGCGGGAACAAUGAAGGACUGCAAUAAUGGAUGCUUGGAAGAAUGCAGAGAAGCAGGAUCAGAUGCGGUCGUGAGAACUUUAAAGGCUAAAGAUCUAAUAAUCACACCAGCCACCACUUUAAAGGAGAAACCAGAUGCAAAUAAUGUGGGUUUUGGAACCGUUUUCACGGAUCACAUGUUGACCAUCGAGUGGUCCUCAGAGUUUGGAUGGGAGAAACCACACAUUAAGCCUUUUCAAAACCUGUCAUUGCAUCCUAGCUCGUCGGCUUUGCAUUAUGCAGUGGAGUUAUUUGAAGGAAUGAAGGCAUUUCGAGGAGUAGAUAAUAAAAUUCGACUCUUUCGGCCAAACCUCAACAUGGAUAGGAUGCACCGAUCUGCUCUGAGGGCAACUUUGCCGGGGUUUGACAAGGAAGAACUUAUGGAAUGUAUUCAACAGCUUGUGAAAUUAGAUCAAGAAUGGGUCCCAUAUUCAACAUCUGCUAGUUUGUAUAUUCGUCCUACAUUCAUUGGAACUGAGCCUUCUCUUGGAGUCAAGAAGCCUACAAAAGCCAUGAUCUUUGUGAUCUUGAGUCCCGUGGGACCUUACUUUUCGAAGGGAACCUUUAAGCCAGUGUCCCUGUGGGCUGAUCCAAAGUUUAUAAGAGCCUGGAAAGGGGGGACCGGGGACUGCAAGAUGGGAGGGAACUAUGGCUCAUCUCUUUUGGCCCAAUAUGAAGCAAUGGAUAACGGGUGUCAGCAGGUUCUGUGGCUCUAUGGAGAAGAUAAUCAGAUAACGGAAGUUGGAACUAUGAAUCUUUUCCUUUACUGGAUAAAUGAAGAUGGAGAAGAAGAACUGGCAACUCCACCACUAGAUGGCAUCAUUCUUCCAGGAGUGAUGAGGCAGAGCGUUUUGGACCUGGCUCGCAAGUGGGGUGAAUGCAAGGUGUCAGAGAGGCACCUCACCAUGGGCGACCUGGCAGCAGCCCUGGAGCAGAGCCGAGUGAAGGAGAUGUUCGGCACCGGCACGGCCUGCGUCAUUUGCCCGGUUUCUGACAUACUGUACAAGGGUGAGACUCUCCACAUUCCAUCUAUGGAGAAUGGGCCUAAGCUUGCAAGCCGGAUCUUGGGCAAAUUGACUGACAUUCAGUAUGGAAGAGAAGAGAGCGACUGGACAAUCGUCAUAUCCUGAAUGGGAAAUACAGCAUAUUGUCUGUGUGUUAUGGGGACAGACUGUUGCUUUCAAAUUAUGAAAUGUUCUUUGGCCACCUGUUUUUAGUUGUGCAUAAUGUAGUUUAUAUUAUCAACGUUAGCAGGGUGAUUGUUGUCUCAUGCCAGAGAAAAUGAAUUGCAAUCAUCAAAUGGUGUUUUGUGAACUUGGUAGUAGAAGCUUAUCUUACCUUCCCUUAGAAAGAUACUAAUGUAAGCCAUAGAGCAUAGAAUUUCCCUCACUAACCUGAGUGCCUCCCUUAGUACUUCUCUCAGAUGCGAGAAUGUUUGUUUCUUCUUUAGCAUGAGUAUUAUUCUGCUCAUCAACCAAAUGAGUUGUUUUGUGUGUGUUUAAAAGCUGAUCUGAGCAAAUUUCAUAGGUAACACUUCCUGUGACCCAUUUUCAUCCUCAGAAGGUCUUUUGUUGCUUUAAAUCAAGACUUGGAAGAACUGUCUUUCCUCAUGUCACAUUUUUUUGCAGGCCCCCAAGUCCAUUUCAAAGAACACCUCUCUCACCUUCCUGAUGUCACAACCUCUUUGUGUAUCAGCAGGAUCCGUGCGCAUUUCCACCGUCGCCCUUUCCACGUUGUGUUGUAAUUGGCUGCUUGUUAGACUCCACUGUAUCACUGAGGGUCUGUGCCUUAGAGAUCUUUGUAUCCCCAAUGCCUGGCACAUUAGGUACUCAGUAAAUAAUGACUAAGUGAAUAUUUACCUUCUAUAGAAGUGAAUCUUCUUUGUUUCUAUAUUAUGAAA